GCUUGUGGAUCAGAUUUUCCAUCUGGUCCUGAUCCGGAUCGGACUCACACCUUCAGACCUCACCCCACCAGACCCGGAUCCUGCAAACCCACACCAGAACCAUGUCAGGGAUCGCGUCCAAAUUGCAGCACGAACGGGACCGAAACGAGGGCAUGGGCUCCAACAGCCAGGCCAUCAAGUACCUGAACCAGGACUACGACAGUCUGCGGCUCCGCUGCUUAGAAGCCGGACGCCUGUUCCAGGACGAGACGUUCCCAGCGCUGCCCACGUCCUUGGGCUUCAACGAACUGGGCCCGAACUCCUACAAGGUCCGGGGCGUGACCUGGAAGAGACCCACGGAGUUGACCUCUAACCCCAAGUUCAUCAUCUCUGAAGCGACGAGGACCGACAUCUGCCAGGGGGCGCUGGGUGACUGCUGGCUUCUGGCCGCCAUUGCAUCUCUGACCCUGAACAAAGAAGUUUUGGCCCGAGUUGUUCCUCAGGACCAGAACUUUGAAGAAUAUGCCGGGAUAUUCCACUUCCAGUUCUGGCAGUUUGGUGAGUGGGUUGAUGUGGUGAUUGAUGAUCGUUUACCGACCAGAGAUGGAGAACUCCUAUUUGUCCACUCAGCAGAAGGGGCGGAGUUCUGGAGUGCUCUGCUGGAGAAGGCCUAUGCCAAAUUGAAUGGCUGCUAUGAGGCUCUGUCCGGAGGAUCGACCACCGAGGGCUUUGAGGACUUCACCGGAGGCAUUGCUGAAGUCCACGAGCUAAGACACAACAACCCUCACCUGUUCCACAUCAUCCAGAAGGCGCUGGACCGCGGGUCCCUACUGGGAUGUUCCAUCGAUAUCACGAGUUCAGCAGACUCUGAGGCCGUCACCUCCCAGAAACUGGUGAAAGGCCAUGCCUACUCUGUGACAGCUGUAGCUCAGGUGGAGUACAGAGGAGCCCAGGAGAAGCUGAUCCGGAUCAGGAACCCCUGGGGUCAGGUGGAGUGGACUGGAGCCUGGAGCGACAGUUCGUCAGAAUGGAGAUACAUCAGUGAUGUAGACAGAGCACACCUCAGCCCCUGCUCAGAGGACGGCGAGUUCUGGAUGUCCUUCUCUGACUUCCUCCAUCACUACUCCCGGGUGGAGAUCUGUAACCUGACUCCCGAUGCUCUGACUGAUGACUCCUUCUCCAAAUGGGCUCUGUCCAAGUUUGAUGGCAGCUGGAGGAGAGGAUCCACCGCUGGUGGCUGCAGGAACUAUCCCGACUCUUUCUGGAUGAACCCUCAGUUUGUCAUCAAACUGGAGGAGGAGGAUGAUGAUCCAGACGAUGGGGAGGCCGGAUGCAGCUUCGUGGUUGGCCUGAUCCAGAAGAACCGCAGAAAGAUGAGGAAGAUGGGUGAGGACAUGCACACAGUUGGAUUCGCUAUCUAUGAGAUUCCUGAUCAGUUCAGUGGUCAGAGCAACGUCCACCUGAACCGUAACUUCUUCCUACGUCAUGCCUCUGCUGCUCGGUCCGAGACCUUCAUCAAUCUUCGGGAGGUCUGUAAUCGCUUCUGUUUGCCACCUGGAGAGUAUCUGAUUGUCCCGUCCACUUUUGAACCCCACAAGAAUGGAGACUUCUGUGUCCGAGUGUUCUCAGAGAAACAGGCUGACUUCCAAGAACUGGACGACCCUGUUGAGUCCAACGCAGACAAGGUUGAAAUUGAUGAAGAUGACAUUGACGACCGGUUCCGGUCUCUAUUCAGUCAGCUGGCUGGAGGGGACUGUGAGAUCUGUGUCUUCGAGCUGCAGAAGAUCCUCAACAGAGUUGUGACGAAACGAUCUGACAUCAAGACUGAUGGAUUCAGCCUCGGAACUUGUCGCAACAUGGUCAACAUGCUGGACGUAUCCUUCCACAGGUCUGAGUUUUGGUGCCUGAACGUCACACAGAAAGAUGGCAGUGGGAAACUGGGUCUGGUGGAGUUCAAGAUCCUCUGGACUAAGAUCGAGACCUACCUGGAAAUUUACAAAAAAAAAGAUGUCGACAACUCUGGAACAAUGAGUUCAGCAGAGAUGAGGGGUGCCGUGGAGGAAGCAGGUUUCAAGCUGAACAACGCUCUGCAUCAGAUUCUCGUGGCUCGUUACAGUGAAUCUGACAUGAUCAUUGACUUUGACAGCUUCGUGGGCUGUUUGGUUCGACUGGAGACCAUGUUUGAUACUUUCAACAGUCUGGACAAAGACAACUCGGGAACCAUUGAGCUCAACAUAUGUGAGUGGCUGAAUGCGUCUCUACUCUGAGGACCUGGACCUGAAACUGUUUAUUCUGGUUAUUGUGUUUCAUUAAUGAGGGGAUGGGGGUCAUUGUUAUGCAACAUGUGAUGUGAUGUCAUACAGACAUAUAUAUAAUCAGAGAUAUCAUACAGACUUGUAUAGAAUCAGAUUGGUGGUUGUGAUUCGCCAACAUGUCGACUAUUUUGGACCAGACUGAAAAGAACACAUCAUCGAGUCACUGAGGUUCACAUUAAUCAGCUGGUUUCUGUCCUGUUUAUGGUCCACAUUACACUGUUUUUUAUUCACAUGAUUAAAAUAAAUUUGAAAAUUAAAAUUAAAAUCCCUAAUUUCAACUCUGACAAAUUGAAGCUGUUUAUUGCGUGUGAUUCAGAAAUGCCGAAACGUUGACAAGUUAUGGCAACAGUCUGUAUGUCCUGC